GGGGUUUAGAUUCGGAGUCCCCGGGCCGUAAUGCAGGCAGCAAAGCCCGAGGAUCCCUGGCAAUGGGCGCGACCUGUAGAACCCCAGGUCCUGGGUUCGAAUUCUGCCCCAUCACUUAAUGAUCCCGGGAAAGGCAAUUAGUCCCUUUCAGGGCCUUGGUUUCCUCUCCUGUAAAAUGAAGGGAGCCUGCAAUCCUGCCAGACAGGGGCUGUCAUCGUGCGGCAAACUUGGAGGACUCUAAAUGAUGAAAAGCAGCAGGGACAGUCAAGGGAGAAUCCAUGGACUAUGGAAGUGUCAUUCUGGUGCAGCAGUGACAGUAACAACUGCAACACAGUCACAAAGAACAAAAGCUUAUGCUCAACCAGAGAAGAGGAAGCCUAAAACCGGAGUAUUGAUGCUAAACAUGGGAGGACCAGAGACAUUGGGAGAUGUUCAUGACUUCCUACUGAGGCUUUUCCUGGACACAGACCUAAUGUCACUUCCUGUACAAGACAAACUGGCUCCAUUCAUCGCCAAGCGUCGGACACCCAAAAUUCAGGAGCAGUACCGUAAGAUUGGAGGUGGUUCACCAAUCAGAAAAUGGACUGCCAAGCAGGGGGAAGGCAUGAUAAAGCUUCUGGAUGAGCUGUCUCCACAUACAGCUCCUCACAAAUAUUAUAUUGGAUUUCGGUAUGUCCAUCCUUUAACAGAAGAAGCAAUUGAAGAGAUGGAGGAAGAUGGACUUGAAAGGGCUAUUGCUUUUACACAGUAUCCACAGUACAGCUGCUCUACCACAGGCAGUAGCUUAAAUGCUAUUUAUCGAUACUAUAAUAAAGUUGGGAAGAAACCAAAGAUGAAGUGGAGUACUAUUGACAGAUGGCCUACCCAUCCUCUUUUCAUUCAGUGUUUUGUAGACCACAUACAAAAAGAAUUGGACCUGUUUCCACCAGAGAAGAGAGGAGAAGUGGUCAUUCUUUUCUCCGCACACUCACUGCCAAUGUCUGUAGUCAAUCGAGGCGAUCCUUAUCCUCAAGAGGUAGGAGCUACUGUCCAAAGAGUAAUGGAGAAGCUGGGAUAUUCCAACCCUUAUAGACUUGUCUGGCAGUCUAAGGUUGGUCCAAUGCCGUGGUUGGGUCCACAGACUGAUGAAACCAUCAAAGGACUUUGUGCGAGGGGCAGAAAGAAUAUCCUUUUAGUUCCAAUAGCAUUUACCAGUGAUCAUAUUGAAACCUUAUAUGAACUAGAUAUUGAGUACUCUCAAAAAUUAGCAAAUGAGUGUGGAGUUGAAAACAUCAGAAGAGCAGAAUCUCUUAAUGGAAAUCCAUUGUUCUCUAAGGCACUGGCUGAUUUGGUUCAUUCACAUAUCAAAUCAAAUGAAAUGUGCUCCAAGCAGUUAACUCUAAGCUGUCCACUCUGUGUAAAUCCUGUCUGCAGGGAGACAAAAUCCUUCUUCACUAAUCAACAGCUGUGACACAUGGUCUGUGAAGCCAGUUGGAUUAGUCAGGAGAACUUCUUGGAGUGACCCCACAGAUACCCCAAAGACAUCUCAUUUUGGAGAAAAAUUUUAGGAGAAGUAAAGGAACAAAAUCACAUUACAAUAUUGAUAAAUCCUUUGGUGCGCUUUGCUUGAUGUUAUGUUGGGAGUGACUCUGAGGAUCCCUCUAGAGUGAAUUCUGUUUUUAUGUACUUAAUAUGCUAUUAACAUUCAUAUUUUAUUCUUUUAAGCAUAAUGGCUUUCUUUAAGUAUUGCUAGUAUAAUGAACAUUUGGUUAUUCAAUUUAAAUAAUAACAGAUGGAUUUUAAAGAUUAGCUUCUAGAGAAACAUUUUAAAUACAGAUUUUGGUUUCAUCACCAAAAAAAGUUUUAUAGCAGAACAGAUGUAGCUAUUCCGUGUGAACUAUAAGGAUGUUUGAGAUUUGUUUGCAUUUCAUUCAUUAGUUUUUCUCUUUGUUUCAUCAAAAAUUUGACUUGUUAUCAAAAUCCUAUCUUGAAAAGAAGGUACUCAGCAUUCUUUCUGUGGCCUAGCAGUAGCAGUGUGUUAUUGGGAGUGAGCUAUGAUGCCUAUGUCCAUCAAUGAUUUGUCAGAAGUUUGCCAGUGAAACUGGUCUUCUUUGUGUAUUAUUUUUUUCAUUAAUAAUAGUGAGAUGUGUUGAUUUUAAAAUCUGCUGAGAUUCUUACAUCCUUGUAGGUAAAGAUUCAGGAUUGCUAACAACAUAAAAAUAUAUUGUCUGUCAUGUAUAAUUUUAUGGAAAUUUACAGUGGCAUAAAGAAUGUUCAUGGUCUUUCCUACUGGCCUCUGAAGGUUUAUAUUCUCAAGGAAUAAUGUUACUGAGAAAUUUUGAUAAUACCUUGAUUUUUAAUUUUUCUCAGAAUCCCAGUGAGCAUGUAUAUGCAAAUUCUCUUCUGUCUGAGAUGGUUUUCUAUUCUGUAUAGGUAUAUUUUGAAAAUGAGUUUUUUAAUGAAAAAUAUGUUUUGUAACCAUGAGCUCUUAGACAAAAAGUUACCCCCAAAUCCCGCAAUGAAGUCAGAUAAUCAGAUCUCACAUGUUCUGAUUUAAAUGGAUUAAAAUUCAGCCUGCCACAUACAUAGUAGAAUUUGUAAUGAUUACUUUUUUCCUUCUUUUGUCCAAAGCCUAACACUUUGUGUUCUUCAAAAGAGAUUUUCUCUGAUUUUUAAAAAAACGUUUAGAAAAAUGGGAGUAAUCUUCAGAGGAUUAUAUAUCUCCUGUAUUCAGAAUUUGCUCUGUUAAUAAAUAUCAUGACAGUGAGGUUUCUUUAGAACUAUGUAGAUAAUAUUGAACCAGUUUAAUUCAUGUUAUAUAAAAUCAAAAUGAUAUAAUAGAAGGAAAUUAUCUUAAGACAUAUAAAAAAUGCUCCCACUUUUAUUAUCCUAGUAGUAACCCCUUCUCCAUAUCUUAGAAUACAAUCUUACAUUGGAAGAAGAAAUUUAAAAAAGAAUAAAAGAAAUAAAAGGAGCAGCUGAAUGUUGAUCAAUUGUUAAAAAAGAAAAGAAAUUGGCUUUUUCUACUAGGGGACUGGAUUUUUUUUAUUUUGAAUAGAAGCACUUGAUUAGACUCUAGUUAUAGGAUGUUAUUGCAGAACUGUUUAUUGAUGGCUUAGAAAUUUUUUUGAGCUUUGAUUUGGAAUCCAGUGUUAUACUGAGUUUCAAAUCACAAAGAAUUAGUAGUAUUCCACUAUUUUAUCCCAAGAAACCAUAAUCCAACUCUUUUUUAGUCUAUGAAUGUGGCCUAGCUCUUAAGUAUUCUUGGUUAGAGAAUUUAAAGAAAGAUUGAGACAGUCUAAGUUGCUAAGUUGGACCCUCUGGGUGGAAGCACAGGUAGAGCCUUAGAAUCACUGCAGAAAAGACCUGCACAUUCUUUCCCACCAUCUUUUACCCUGAUGCUCAAUUUCUUCCUGAAAUCUAAACGGUUGAUCAAGACACGUUAAAUAGUAGUUUGGACCAAGAUCCUUGGUGCUGAUUUGGCACUAGGCCAGCUUCUUGUAUUAAGGCAUUGAUGUGACAUUUAUUUGGAUCCUUAGUGAUGGCAUUAGGUAAUUUUACUUGUUAACCUUGAUUACUAUUUAAUUGUUGCUUGAUAAGGCUAGUGUUUGGUAGGACCAAAUUAUUGAUAGAUCUUUUUUCAACUAUUAGGUAAACUUUGAGAAUAGUGUUUGUUUAGUUGUCAACUUCAGGAUUACAAAUGUCUGCUCCAGGUAAUUAGCACUAAAAUAAUGUCAGCUCUCCUCAAACUGAGCUCCUGUACAGUACUGACUUAAAUUGAUGAAGCAACUUCUUAUAAGGUUUGAAAGAACUGUGAUUAUUAGGUAAUUUGGCUUGCCAAGAUUAGUGUUAGGUAUAGAACCUCCUUAAAUACGAUCCCUUAGGGAUGUAACCAUUUAAAGAUUAUACAGUUUCACUGCCACCAACCACCUUUUUAUUACUCUUUGUGCAGAAAGUAAACUUACUUUAUAACCUUUGAGAGAAGCUCAGUUUUGGAAACCUUUUAUACUUUUCACUUUGCCAAAGUGUUUGCUAAAUACAGCUGACCUGUAGCACAUAAUUAAGUAAUUAUUUACUAAUAACAAUAAAUUUCUUUGAUAAUUUUCAUGUAGUAAACCUCUAUUUCAGUUUAUUUUUAGUGUACAGCGCUAAAACAACUUAGCAGCUUUACAAGUUUCCAGAAUUACAUUGUGCUCCGUCCUUUUUCCAUAUGUCUUCUGUAUAGGAUUUUGUUUUGCUUUGUUUUUUGAGGCAAUUGGAGUUAAGUGACUUGCUCAGAGUCACACAGCUAGUAAGUGUUAAAUGUCUGAGGCCAGAUUUGAAUUUAGGUCCUCCUGAAUUCAGGGGUAGUCUCUAUCCACUUCAUCAUCUAGCUACCUCUGUACAGCAGUUCUUAAAUGCAUGAUUGUGAUUGUGAAGGUACAAGGGAAGAAUAAGAUGUUUAGUACCAUAUUGCCGAAGCUUUGACUCAGAGCUAACACUUUCUGCAUAUAGCACAUCAAUAAUUAUAUUCUCUUCUUUAUACACAGCAGUCAUUGAUAUAUAA